CUUCAAAUACCCAUUUGCGACGAAAGGUGGGCGUUGUAAGAACAAAAAUAUCUUCCGGCUAGACGACAUUUUGCUGUAAAUCACCCCACAGGGCAUCAGUCAAAGUCUUGUGCUUUGCGACACGAACCAACCCAAAUUAUUUGCGAGUUAUUAGUUGGAAACCAUCCGCUAAUUUUAGCAACCCUUCGUUUACCAGCGUCGACGUGCUCAUUUAUCUCACCCGUGUUUAGUGGGAGUAAAGGAACUGCUCCACAGACCACAGUUGAAGGUUCCACGCCAUAGAUCAGGAUCUGGAGAAAACCAUUCCUUCGACAAUUCAGCCGCCAACACGCCGGACUACGAGCUACAAGGAUUGGCUUUGUGCGCACCAAAUUGUGUGGUCCUUCACGACAAAUGCACCAUCGACCCAUAUGCUCCAAUGCUGGCGUUUUGGGGUUAUUGCCUUCGCUAGCCGGUCGGACAGUUGGUUCAUUGACCUUCUUUCCCAAGACCAUUGCGGUUACAGUAAUGAAGGAAGGAAGUAAAAAUCGUUUGAAAUUGCCGCGGAAGUAAUUUGUUUAUACAACAUCACCACCUAUGAAUGAAGUUUUAUUUAGCACGAAUUUUUGGAGGGAAGUGAAGCAGAAUCAUGGUACUAAAGAAAUUAUAUUUACAAACGCAUGUUACUGCCUUGUGUACCGUUGAACCUCAUUUUUUAUUAGAAGGUUGCGGAGGCUUUAUAAACCUUUAUGACUUCGACUCUAACGAGCUUUUGGAAAGCCUCGACAUAUUUCGAGGUGCCAGAAUUCAUGGUAUUAGAUAUUCACAUCAAAAUAAAACAGUGAUUGUUUUCGGUGGAAAGCUGUUUGCUCUGGUGUCAUUCAACGAUUCUGAAACUGCUCUACCGAGAUUGAAACUUUUACAGAAAUCCAAUGAAGCUGACUGGAUAAGGGAUGCUAAAUUUGUAAAUAAUGGGGAUUAUCUUGUCAAAUUAACUUCUCACAACAAAGUUAUUAUCGAAAAAACAUCUUCUGAAGCAGAAACUGUUGAAGUACAAGGAGAUGAACAGUGCAUAUUAUACUGUGGCAAAAUUCUGGGUGAAGAUCUUUCACAGUUGACCAUUCUGGCAGGGACUGUAUUUGGCAACAUCCUUGUUUGGGCAGCCUCACCAUCUCAACAGGAUAAAUGUCUCUUCCACAGAUUAACUGGUCACAAUGGUGUCAUCUUCUCUAUAAAUUAUGACGAAGUUUCGCGCACUAUCAUAUCAACGUCAGAUGAUAGAUCUGUUCGUUUUUGGAGUCUCCAAUGCGAAGACGAAGUGCCAAACAAAUUGAGCCUCUGGAGUUUAUUUCAACGAUCAAAAAUUCAUCCCAAACACGAACUUUAUGGUCAUGAAGCCCGUGUUUGGAACAGUGUCAUAAUCCGUCAAAAUCAGUGUGAUUCGGGACUGGUAGCCAGUUUGGGUGAAGACUCCCGUAUUUGUUUGUGGGAUUUGACGAGCGGCAAAUUGGUAUCCAAGUUUGAUGCUCACCCUGGAACCAGUGUAUGGGCUGCCGUGUGGGAUUCACGACUUCAAUUAUUGGUAACUGCUGGAGGAGAAGGUUCGACACGAAUCUGGAACGCCAAUCAUUUACAGGAAACGAGCUGUCGUCAGCUCCAGCUCACCGAAGACGGCCAAGUUCCACGUUUAGUGAUCGUUACAUCCACGGGUUACUACCGCCACUUGGUGGCCAGUCAGCUGGGCAUCAUUUACGGAUGGGAUAGUCACGCCCAGAUUUGGGUCUCCCUCUUUCAGGACGAGGGACUCGGCAACGGCAGCGUCUUGGAUUCCGACGGUCGGACGAUUAUAUUUGGAACGCGAACCGGAGCUGUGUUCGUGUUCGCUUCCGGCCCGUCGUCCUUGGAACUGCUGGCGACCCAUCAGCUGGAAAAGACGAAAAUUUAUAGCCUGCAUUUGGUCGCAUCGCAGCAGCAAGAGUUUAUGGCCUGUCUCGAUAACGGUCGUCUGCUGCUUAUGAAUGUACUCGGCGGCAGCGAGUCACCACCCAGGGCCCAAUUUAUUCUCCCCGACGGCAAACAGCGAUGGCCCAGCUGUGUUCUGGCCACCCAAAAUCGAUUCAUGAUGGGCGAUCGUGAAGGAAGCUUUCAUCUUUAUUCGACCGAAAAAGAGACUCCGCUUCAAUCUUUUUCGCAUAUCCAUGGCAAGAAUGGCUUGACUGACAUUCAGAGCGAUCCGAACGGCCAACAUCUUUAUUACACCGGAGGAAGAGACGGUCGAAUCGGUCUCUGGCGGUUAACCGACGACCAGAAUCAACUGGAACUUUUGUCACUUACUAACACCAGUCUCGGUUGGAUUGCCGGCUUGCGAUGGAUCGACAAGCAGUUAACAUACCUGGCCUUUCAGAGCGAUCGGUUCGUUGUGUGGUCGAGUGAGCAACAGCGGAGUCUCAUGCAAGUGCCUUGCGGGGGAGGCCACCGAUCAUGGGACUUUGACGUGACGUCGUCUGAUGUCACUUUCCUGUUCAUCAAGGACAGACACAUUUACGAGAAUCGACGUCCAUUGAGCGCCGUUUUCAACUCGUCGCUGCCUGGACGCUGCGGAGGGCACAGCAAAUCGAUUUGCCGUGGCAGGUUCGUCGGAUUCCACGACGACUCGCCGCUCGUCUUGACUGGAAGUGAAGACACGACGAUGAGACUGUCGCUAUUUGAUCGGCGUUCCGCCCAAUCGCUGACCGUCAUAACCAAACACGUUUCCAGCGUCCGAGCCCUGGCCGUCAAGGAACUGGCAUGUAGGUCUGCAGGGACGUGGCUGUGUGUUUCAGCCGGCGGCAGAGCCCAGUUAUCGGUCGGAUUACUGACACUAUCUGGCCAGGGCGAUCAAGUGCACGUCAUUCACCGUGACGUGCGUUCGCAUUUCUUGCGCGGUUGGCUCCGCCGGGCGGCGACCAAUAAGCCCUGGAUUCACGGCAGCGAUCAGCUGUCGCUCAUCCCCGACCCUGAAACCCGCUACAUGGACGUCGAUGUGGUAGACCGUGGCGACAGCAAUUUCCAUAUUAUCGCCGCCUGCUCCGAUAGCUUUAUAAGGAUUUUUGAUCUAUCCCUGGAGGGUGGCCGGUUAGACUUAUUUCACGAACUCAACUUCCACAAUUGCUGCGUCUUGCUGGUCAAAGUGGUGGCCGAUCCGGAUGGCAAUACCAUCCUUUUCUCCGCCGGAACAGAUGGCCGGCUGGCUGUGUGGGACGUAACAGUUGUGGAAGAAGAUAAGGCCAUGGAUCCCUUGGGCAGCCUAUCCAUUCAUCAAUCGGGCAUUAAUAGUUUGGACUGCCAAUGGAUCGACCUUAAUCGCAUGCUGGUUCUGACUGGGGGCGACGAUAACGCUCUGAUCUGCACCAAAGUGGAAAUCAGCUGCGAAAGGAAUUUACUGCGAUUAAUCGAUCAGCAAAAGCUGUUCCCCCACGCAGCCCAAAUCUCCGGAGUAGCUCUGCUGGGUCACAACUUGUGUUUAAGCGUGUCACUGGACCAGCGUCUGAUCCUCUGGAAGCGAGAGGACACUCGACUUAUGUGGCAGUCGGCCGUUUGCUGCGACGUCUCCGACAUUCAAGGGCUGCAUGUGUCCGCGGGUGCCACUAAAACUUUGUCCAAAGUCCUGGUUUAUGGUCAAGGUAUUCAAGUCUUUGAAGUGGACGACGACUCGUUAAACAUCGCCCACACGAUUUAGACUAUUCAUCUGUCGACCCGUUCUAACCAACUAAGGUAAAAAAGAAAAAAAAUACAACAUAUUAUUUUCUUCUUUGCACGGCACCUUUUACAUCACUCUUGUCUUGGUAGUUUUUACAUUAUUUUGUUGUGAAAUUAUUUUGACGACCAAAUCGCGCUACCGUUGUGAGCCGGUGAUUUCAGAUUUCACCUGUUUGAUGACGUCAGCUGACACGACGUGUCGAAACGCUGGAAAAGUGGACCGUUUGGGAAAGAGGGCCGCGUUUAUUUCAUUGCGUCAUUGUGACAGGGAACUUUGGAGAGCAGCGGGGUGGAGGGGAGAAUUGUGCACUGGGCGCGGAAUGUGUUUCUUUUUAUUUAUUUUUUUUUUGUUUUUUUCCUCUUCUACUUUGGUCGUAUUUUUUCUUUUGUCCAAUUCCAAAUAUGGCGGAAAUAUUGAGAGGGGCGGGUCGCGAUAACAUCCAUGACACGCCAGAGUGCUUGACAGGUUUUUUAGUGGCGCACUUGAGAGAAAGGCUAGUGCGCGAUAUAAUAUUGAAUUCUAUUUUUAUUCAGACAACCAUGGCGCACCCGAUUUACAUUUAUUGAGCCUUUGGGGGUUGUGUACACAUAGAGGCCCAAACUGUGUAAACACCAAACAAAAAAAUUCAUUAACAUAAUAAUCCAAUUAGAUUUUGUGGCUUUUAACAAAAAAUAGCACCUGGCAUUCCUCUGGGGUGGGAAAGUGCGGGCGAUUUAUUUUUCGGGUUCCAGCCCGCGCUAAAGAGAACGAGGCUCACAAAAUUCGAGAUGAUUCGAUUUUUUUUCCGACGACCUCCACCACUUUGAAUGAAAACUUAAAUGCAGCGCGCAACAGGGCGACCUUACAAGGCAGCCUCCGUUUCCCACUUAUGGCCAUCUGUGACACACAGAGGGCUCGACCCUUGGGGGGCUUUGCUUUUAAAAUAUAUUUUUCGUCAUUGUGUUUGGUUGUAACCUGUUGUAUAUACCUUCAUUUGGAUUGAUUUACAUAUUAGGGUCCCCAACGGUUCACAUUUUCGCUUGAAUUGCAGAUUUGGCGGCAGGGAAAUUCAAUUUCUUCAAAUUUCCAAAUCCGCGUUUCCACCCAAUUUACCUUAAAUGGACGCGCGGGAGAGAAGCGCGCUUUUAUUUAAAUGAAUCGCAAUAUUUUAUUUUUAGUACUCUUCUUCUUCUAUUCAUGUUUUUUUUUUCUCCAAAAUGACUCGAGGGUGAAAAGAAAAAGAAACGUUUGUGCGUGAAUCGUUAUCGGUGGUUGCCGAUCUUGAAGCGCGCACACUCGGUGACAUACUCCUAAUACUUUGCAAACAAAAGGGAUCCCCAUAUCGAAAUGCAAUUGCCCAUAACCGGGUAUCAAAGGGAUACACACACACACACUCAGUCUAUGUGUGUCUAAGAAACUUAACCAACGCCAGCCAGCGCCAGCUACAUGACGUAAAAGGGAAAACGAUCAGCGAUUGAGACGAUAAAAAAAAACUUUGGUAAAUUUUUCUUCUUCUUCUUCUUCGCGGCAAACACAAAACACUUGCCAUAUUUAACCCGACUUUUUAAGCGGUCCUGCGGGUUUUUAUUCCGGCGCUCAGCUGUCAAGGAUUUUUUUUUGUUUUUCAUUUGAAUCUUAUACAUACCCGUUUUUGGGCCGAUUUUUUGAAAUUUUCUGUGUUCGAAUUGUACACGCCCUUGAUUCAACCUGACAUCAUCGGCCAAAUGGUGGUGUGCUGUAUCUACACUGUGCGGUGGUUCCCGAUGAAUUUGCCCUGUUGUUUUCAUCUCUCGUCACGUCCCGCCUUUUAAUUUGCCAGUUAUUAUUUUUCUUUUCUUUUUUUCCAGAGUAGAGAGAUGAUGAUGGACUGGCGUCGAGUGGGUCAAGUCGUGAUGAUGGAUAUUUUUCCUUCUCGAAAGAGGGGGGAACACCGCCACACCUUAAUACGUCACCGAAUAGUCAGUGCAGCAGCAGCCCCCAGCAGCAGCUAUCCAUCAGUUUUAAAAUUAUAGAUUGCGUUUUUAUUUUGCUUUUUUUUUUGCAUAUUCAUAGUUAGUAGUAGUUGUCGACAAUUGUGAGGCGACCUUAAUCCACCAGUUUGGGAACACCUGCUGACUUCUCGGGACCAUAUUCUUUUAUUAUUUUUUUUUUCACGGACAUUACUACCGUUGGGCCUGAAAGAGAUAGAUGGACCUUUUUUUUUCUUCUUUUUUUUCUUUUUUUCAAAGGCGAAAUUUACACACACCACACAAGGAUAGAUCUGCAAUUCAUAUCAGCUGGCAAACACCGCCAAGCUUAAAAAGGGGCACGGUCAAUUCAGUUUUUUUUUCUUUUCUUUUCUUUAGUCGAACGUUCCAGGUCAUCUGAAUACUCGUUGGAAGCGUCGAAGAAACAAA